ACCGCUGCCAUGACCACCGUAACCGCCACCACUCGAGCUCAGAUCCUUCGCCACACCACGGCAUUCAUCUCGAGCGUCCUUUCCCAAUCCGAACUCCGCCGCCACCUCAUUGCCACUCUCCACCGCGAAACGCCGAUUUCCAACCAAAUCACCUUGAAACACCUGAACCUCGCCGCGGACAGUCUCGAAAGAGCAAUCUCCUACUCCAGCCCCGCCAUCCGCAUCUCCUCCCUCACCAUUGCCGAGAAGCUUCUCCUUCCUCUCCCUGAAUACCCUGUCUCCUCCUUCCUUCUCUCCCUCAUUCGCAACCUCUGCAACCGCCCAAUCGAAUCCGCCAUAAGCCUCCUUCGAAUCUUCCAUUCGAAGCCUUCCCUAGCCCGAUCCGAAAUCGCGCCGGCUCUCUACGAAAACCUCUUUUCUCUCCACCUCUUCCCUGUUUUCCGGUGGUUCGAUGAAGAGAGAACACGAAUUUUGUCCUCAGCUUCUGCGAGUUUGAACCAUGACAAUACGAUUGAUGAUAACUCGGUUUGGGACGAGUCCGUGGUCAUGCCUAGCACGAAAUCGUUGUCGAAGAUGAGCGGAGAUCAAGCCUCGAAGCUGAGGGAGUUGGAGAGAGAGUACCAAGAGGUUCUGAAUGAGAAUUGCAGAGUUUUUGCAGAGUACUUCAAAGAGGUUUUGGUGAAUGAAAAUGGAGACGCGUCAAUUAGUCCACCAUUGUUGAUACUGAAGAGCGCCAGAGAAGGUGACAGUAGGGAGAACAGAGAGGAGGAGAUACGAAUGCCUGUGUUGGAGAACGGACGGUAUAAUCCAAUAUGGUCCGAAAGGGAAGCAUCUAUUGAAUUUUUGAGCAGCAGUUCUAGCAGCAGAUCCUCUCACGCAUCAUUUUAUCCUCAUAGAGUCUCUCCGAGAAUCCUCAAACCCCAUAAAUCUUCAAAAAAUUGGACAACACCAGUCUAUUUACACUCGGCCUUUGAAACUGAGUUUUCUUUAAAUGAGAAUUUUCUUUGUUCUUCCUCAGACUCUGAAGCAGAAAACGAGGAAAAGGACAAAAAUAUGGCAUUGUUGGAGCCUCAACAAAGCCAAACCCACGAACAAAUGCAAACCAUCUUCAAAGAAUCCACGGGUUCCCCAGAUUAUCCUAUGGCAGACUUCGAUAACCCUCCCUAUGGAAAUGGGAAACAUACACCUCCAAAGGACUUUGUCUGUCCAAUAACAAGUAACAUAUUUGAUGACCCAGUGACUCUUGAGACAGGUCAAACAUAUGAACGUAGAGCUAUCGAGGAAUGGUUCAAUAGAGGGAAUUCAACUUGUCCUAUUACUCGCCAGAAGCUGCAAAAUACCAAGCUACCUAAAACAAAUUAUGUGCUCAAACGCCUAAUUGCUAGCUGGAAAGAACACAACACAAAUUCGGUUCCUCCACCACGUGAGAGUCCAUACGAAAAUACCGAGGCAGUAGUGAAGUCAACAAUGCCUUCAACUUCUCCUGAUAGUGUUAUAACACAAGCCACCUUGGAUGGGAUGAUUAGUGAGUUACGCAAUGCAAUCAAUAAUCUGUAUAUGUCAGAGAUUCUCGAGGAAUCUGAAAUGGCCGUGCUUCAAAUUGAGAAGUUGUGGAGAAGAGUGAAUCUGGGAGUGGAUAUCCAUAGCAUGCUAUCAAAACCUCCGAUAAUUAAUGGCUUUGUGGAGAUCCUUUUCAAUUCUGUUGAGCCCCAGGUGCUGCAAGCAGCAGUUUUCCUUCUGGCCGAGAUGUGCUCUAGAGACAAUGCUGUUAUUCAGACCCUUACGCGUGUGGACACUGACGUGGAAUGUAUCAUGGCUCUUUUCAAGAAAGGCUUGACAGAGGCUGUUGUGCUGUUGUAUCUCCUAAAACCUUCCACUAUAAGUCUUACAGAGAUGGUCAUGGUGGAGUCUCUGAUAACAGUUUUCUAUAAGAAAGAGGAAGACUUGGUUAAGAUGUGUUUAAAGCCCAAAACAGCUGCAGUGCUUUUACUGGCACGGAUUAUUGGAAAUGGAAACGGUGAAGAGAUGAAUGCAUCUUCUGUUGUCAAGACUGUGCUCUCUGAAAAAGCAAUUGGAAAUAUUAUUGGCAGUUUGGGAGCUGAGUGGGCAGAGGAGAGGAUUGCUGCAGUGGAGAUCUUAUUGAGAUGCAUGCAAGAGGACGGGACUUGCAGGAACACCAUUGCUGAUAAAGCAGAAUUAUCUCCUAUUUUGGAAAGCUUCAUGGGUGCAGCUGAUGAGGAGCGUUUUAAGAUUGUUCAAUUUUUUUAUGAGUUAGUCAAAUUAAAUAGGAGGACAUUCAAUGAACAAAUCCUUCACAUUAUAAAGGAAGAAGGACCUUUUAGUACAAUGCAUACACUCCUUAUUUAUUUGCAGACAGCCCUUCAAGACCAAUGUCCAGUCAUGGCUGGCCUUUUACUCCAACUUGAUCUUCUGCUAGAGCCAAGAAAGAUGAGCAUAUACCGUGAAGAGGCGAUAGAUACUCUUAUUUCAUGCCUGAGAAACACAGAUUUCCCUGCUUCUCAAUUAGCAGCUGCUGAUACAAUCAUGUCACUGCAAGGAAGGUUCAACUUCUCUGGAAAGCCUCUUACCAGAGAAGUCCUUCUUAAACGUGCAGGUAUUGACAGAAGUUCCAGAUGUCUUGUAAAGGUGGAUCAGAUCAGCAACUUCUGCCCAGAAAUUGAAAUAACUAUAGAAGAAGAGAAGGCGGCUGAUGAUUGGGAAAGAAAAAUUGCAUCUGUUCUGGCGAACCACGAGUUCGGUAUACUUUUUGAGGCUUUAGCAGAUGGCAUGAAGAGCCGAAAUCCAGAAAUACGUUCAGCAUGCUUUAUAUCAGCUACGUGGCUCAUAUACAUGUUGACCAUACUACCAGAUACGGGGAUUCAAGGAGCAGCCCGUGUCUGCUUGCUGAAGCAGUUCAUAACUAAAUUAAAUUCUGCUAAGGACAUAGAAGACAGAAUCCUUUCUAUGCUUGCUCUCAAUAGCUUUCUUCAUUUCUCUGAUGGCUUACGGGAACUAACUUCCUAUACUAAGGAUAUCUUAAAAGGUUUGAGAGAGCUAAAGAGAUUCUCUACCUUGGCAUCUGAAAUGCUAGAAGUUCUGGUUGAAGAGAAUGAAUCUAAAGCAGAUAUUUGGAUACAUAAAGAGCUAAUUCAAGAAGAUUGCAGUGAGAAUGGAGAAGUGCUAUCUGUCAUUUGCUUUAAGGAUAAAACUUUUUCUGGCCAUACAGAUGGAACCAUUAAGGUCUGGACAUUGAAGGAUAGCUCAUUCCAUCUGUUGCAAGAGAUCCAAGAACAUAUUAAAGCUGUGACAAACUUGGCAAUUUCUGAAUCUGGUGACAGGCUAUACAGUGGUUCACUUGACCGAACUGUAAAGGUCUGGUCUAUUGGAAAGGCAGCAAUACAUUGUGUACAGGUGCAUGACAUGAAGGACCAGAUUCAUAAUUUAGUUGUAACCAAUAGCAUAGCUUGUUUCAUUCCGCAGGGGACUGGUGUCAAGGUUCAUUCAUUGAACGGAGAAUCGAAGUUGUUAAAUUCUAAUAAAUAUGUGAAGUGCUUGGCUCAUGUUCGUGGGAGAUUAUAUUGUGGAUGCCACGACAGUAGUGUUCAGGAUAUAGAUUUGGCCACGGGAACAGUCAGCACCAUUCAAAGUGGUUCUAAAAAAUUACUUGGGAAAGCAAAUCCUAUUCAUGCGUUGCAAAUUCAUGGUGAUCUUAUAUAUGCAGCUGGCUCUUCCUUGGAUGGAUUUGCUAUAAAGAUAUGGAACAAAUCCAAUUACAGUAUGGUUGGAUCACUGCAAACUGGAUCGGAAGUGCGGACUAUGGCAGUGAGCUCAGAAUUAAUUUAUUUGGGGUGCAAGGGAGGAGCUGUGGAAAUUUGGGAUAAGAAAAAGCACAAUAGAGUUGACACGUUACAAAUGGGUACGAAUUGCAAGGUUAUUUGCAUGGCUCUAGACAGCCAUGAAGAAAUUUUGGUGAUUGGAACUUCAGAUGGCCAAAUUCAGGCUUGGGGAAUGAAUUAA